CGCGCACGAGAGGGAGGAGGGAGGGAGAGAGACACAGAGAGAGAGUGGAAACCCUGGCGUCAGUACCGUGUGAGCAUCGCGACCGUUCGUCCACAGCUGCUCCCGCUGCCGAUACUGCCGCUGUGAAGGCGUCCGUCUCAAGUCCGCUCCGAGAGGAAGAUAAAGACGGACGGGGAGGGGAGGAGGGGGGAACCUCUCCCAAAACCAAAAGGGGAGCAUUAGCGUGGGUUUCUCUUCCUUCUUUGUGCCGCUCUCACGGUCACACGGAUACCGCGAUGCCGACAUGGGUGUGCAGGCGUCUCGCUCCCGUGGAAUAUCGCGUCUCGGCUCGUGGCUCUUUGCGCACAUUUAACGGCGCAGACAAGAGGCUGGGAACAGGAGCCCCGGUGAGCCGCGACGAAGCGAUCGUUACAACGGGGCGCCGUCGCUGUGUCUAAGAGAGAGAGGCCGUUUGCCAUCCGUUUCUGGCGGCUCCGGCUGUAAGCGAGCCGGGAGAUAGGCGCCACUCCAUCUCCGCUGUCCAGGAGCCCGCGGACGUACAGACGGAAGACAUCGACCCGAAGAGUUCUGAACGUUCCCUCCCUCCCUCUCUCUGCGUCUCUCUCUAUCUGGCAGCGCUUUUUAGCCUAGCUGGCGAAUGGCUUAAUUAUGCAUCUGGUAUCAACGCGCAUUCGCCCAGCGAUCUCACGCUGGGUGCUUUCCCAAUUUGGAAGAAUUUGUUGAGUGUUUAAAAUAAUAUACGUAUAUAUUUACACUGUAUAGGUAAUCAAAUUCGGUUCCCAAGAGAAUAUCGGUACCACUUCUUAAGGGUUGGAAUAAUUUAAAACGUUUGUUAAAAAAAAGUUAACGAGCACGCAUUGAAUGUUUGAAACAAUGUUAGCACACCGUGGCCAGUAUUAAAAGUUGCCGCACAGCAUGCUCCCAUUUUAAGGGCACGAAUGCCACUGCCUUCCUUCUCCUGCAAUCCGUCUUUUCUCUUUUUUUCGGUGCUGAAAUGAUAGCCGUUUGCGGACGAAGUGAGAAUAUAAAACGUGGCUGACCCCCAGGGCUCACGUGCCUUAACCCCCCCCCCCCCCCCACCUUGAGACAUGGAGACGUAGGCACAUUAAGAGCGAAAACAAAACAAAAUAAAAGCUACAAACUAAAAAUAUAUACGAGGAGCCAAAGACUUGAAGGUGCAGGGACGCAGGGAAGCGGCGUGAUUUAUACACACGGCCAGCCCGAGAUAGCUUUAGAGUGGCGAGGGAAGAAGUGAUUCUCGAAGCCAUUUGCAAAGAGACAGCACGAGUCGCGCUGAGUGAGAGGGCGGGCGAUCGAGGGGCAGUGUCGGAGGGAGCGGUGGGGCCAUGCCACCCCCCAGUGGCAGGCGGAGAUGGGUCAUCGUGAGACCCUCGACCUCUGCCACCCUGCGACUAAAGCCCCUUCCGGGCGCACGGACCCCCGCGGGAACGCUGACAAACGCGACGGCCGCCGCCUCUCCCGUAACGACGGCGGCGGCGGCGGCGCUGCUGCUGCUGCUGCUGUCGACUGCGAUCCUGACGGCGACGGCCCUCGGACCCGGCGGGACGUCCCAGGAGCAGCGAGUCCUGGCGCACUCGAUCCGCCUCGACGGGGACAUCACGCUGGGCGCGCUCUUCCCCGUGCACGCGCGGGGCGACCGCGGUGCCAUGUGCGGCGCCCUGAAGAUGGAGAAGGGCAUCCACCGGCUGGAGGCGAUGCUCUACGCCCUCGACACCAUCAACGCCGACCCGCGCAUCCUGCCCAACGUGACGCUUGGCGCGCGCGUGCUGGACACGUGCUCGCGCGACACCUACGCGCUCGAGCAGUCGCUCACCUUCGUGCAGGCGCUCAUCGAGAAGGACACGGCGGACGUGCGGUGCACCAACAAUGCGCAGCCGAUCUUCGCCAAGCCCGAGAAGGUGGUGGGCGUCAUCGGCGCCGCUGGCAGCUCCGUGUCCAUCAUGGUCGCCAACAUCCUGCGCCUCUUCAAGAUACCGCAGAUCAGCUAUGCUUCGACAGCGCCCGAGCUGAGCGACAACACGAGGUACGACUACUUCUCGCGGGUGGUGCCCCCGGACUCGUACCAGGCACAGGCCAUGGUGGAGAUCGUGAGCGCCCUGGGCUGGAACUACGUGAGCACCGUGGCCGCCAACGACAACUACGGCGAGAGCGGCAUCGAGUACUUCUCCCGCUUCGCCCGCGACACCGGAAAGCCACCGGGCGGCGUGUGCAUCGCUCAGUCCCUAAAGAUCCCGCACGAGCCCAAGCCGAGCGACUUCGACAAGAUCAUCCACCGCCUCCUGGAGACGCCCAGUGCCCGCGCCAUAAUCCUCUUCGCCAACGAAGACGACAUCAAACGGCUCCUGGAGGCCACUCGGCGUGCGAACCAAACGGGCCACUUCCUGUGGGUGGCGUCGGACAGCUGGGGCUCCAAGAUCGCCCCCAUUCGCAACCAGGAGGACGAAGCGGAGGGCGCCAUCACCAUCCUGCCCAAGCGCGCCUCCGUGGCCGAGUUCGACAAAUACUUCACGUCCCGUACGCUGGAGAACAACAGGAGGAACGUUUGGUUCGCCGAGUUCUGGGAGGAGAACUUCAAAUGCCGGCUGAGCCGCCACGGAGCAAGACAGACCGUGCACGCCAAGAAAUGCACCGGCCAGGAGCGUGUGGGACGGGACUCUCAGUACGAGCAGGAGGGCAAGGUGCAGUUCGUGAUCGACGCGGUCUACGCCAUGGCGCACGCGUUGCACAACCUCUACCAGAAGCGGUGCCCGCGCCUCUCGGGUCUCUGCGUCGACAUGGAACCCGUGCCCACCAAGGAUCUGCUGGAGGAGAUCCGCAGCGUCAGCUUCAACGGCAGCGCUGGGACCCCCGUGAUGUUCAAUAAGGAUGGCGAUGCACCAGGACGCUAUGACAUUUUCCAAUAUCACUUGCACAACACCAGCACGCCGGGCUACAACGUGAUCGGAGAGUGGGUCAACCACCUGCAGCUAAAUAUCAGCGCGCUGCAGUGGACCGCCGGGAGGCGGGAGCUCCCUUACUCUAUCUGCAGCAUGCCGUGCGCGUCCGGCGAGCGUAAGAAGAAGGUGAAGGGAGUGCCGUGCUGCUGGAACUGCGAGCGCUGCGAGGGCUACUACUUCCAGCUCGACGAGUUCAACUGCCACCUGUGCCCCUACAACAUGCGCCCCAACGUCAACCGCACGGGCUGCGACGCCAUCCCCAUCGUCAAGCUCGAGUGGCACUCGCCCUUCGCCGUCGUGCCGGUCUUCCUCGCCAUCCUGGGCCUCCUCACCACGGCGUUCGUGAUCGUCACCUUCGUGCGCUACAACGACACGCCCAUCGUGCGCGCCUCGGGCCGAGAGCUCAGCUACGUGCUGCUCACGGGCAUCUUCCUGUGCUACGCCACCACCUUCCUCAUGAUCGCCGAGCCCAGCCUCGCCGUCUGCUCCUUCCGCCGCAUCUUCCUCGGCCUGGGCAUGUGCGUCAGCUACGCGGCGCUGCUCACCAAGACCAACCGCAUCUACCGCAUCUUCGAGCAGGGCAAGCGGUCGGUGACGGCGCCGCGCCUCAUCAGCCCCGCGUCGCAACUCGUCAUCACCUUUUCGCUCAUCGCCGUGCAGCUCCUGGGAGUGUGCAUCUGGUUCGGGCUCACGCCGCCACACACGGUCAUCGACUACGAGGAGCAGCGCUCGCAGGAGGCCGAGCUGGCCCGCGGCAUGCUCAAGUGCGACAUCUCGGACCUGGCGCUCAUCUGCUCGCUGGGCUACAGCAUCCUGCUCAUGGUCACGUGCACCGUGUACGCCAUCAAGACGCGCGGCGUGCCCGAGAACUUCAACGAGGCCAAGCCCAUCGGCUUCACCAUGUACACCACCUGCAUCGUGUGGCUCGCCUUCAUCCCCAUCUUCUUCGGCACCGCGCAGUCCGCCGAGAAGGUGUACAUCCAGACGACGACGCUCACCGUCUCCAUGAGCCUGAGUGCCUCGGUGGCUCUGGGAAUGCUCUACAUGCCCAAGGUGCACAUCAUCCUCUUCCACCCGGAGCAGAACGUGCAGAAACGCAAGCGCUCCUUCAAGGCCGUGGUGACGGCCGCCACCAUGUCCAACAAGCUGACGGGCGGGAAGACCAACGACCGCCCCAACGGAGAGGCCAAGACGGAGCUCUGCGAAAGCCUCGAGAACAGCUGAAAGCGAGCUGACCAAAAAAAAAUAUAACGGCCAGUUGAAUUGCACUUCUACUCCUCGUGCUACGUUUAGAAAGUAACGUGUGCCUCAUUACGCCUUUGGCGAAACAAAACGCGGAACAUUCCAGAUUGUCAAUUUUGUGUUCAAAGUUAAUAUCUGAAUCGAGCCCGCUUUGUAUUUACAGGACGGAAGCUUUGUGCUAACAGGAGAAGUCAAUCUGGUGUUAAUUCAAACCUACGAUGAUAACACGUGUCUAACACACACACACACACACAAAAUUGACAUUAACGCAUUCCUUUUAAAAUGAAACAAGCAUCACGGACUAAACGUAAAAAAAAACCUGGAACAAUUUGGAGAGAAAACAUAAUGCAGGAAACAAACCCGGCAAUGACAUUUAUCUCUAAAUUACUUCCUAUAGUCCCUUUUAUAGCAGAUCUCUCUUUUCGUUUUUUUGUUUGCCCUGCCCCCUACGUCCCUGCCUCCCCUCGGAAUGCAGCAGCUUCUUGCACAAAAACAACAUACAUCAGCUACAGCAACCAUCUCAUGUAAAAGGCUCCCGGGACCGCUGGCACCGCUACCCUCCCCACCACCACCACCACCACCACGCCGGGCAGGGUAUUACGGGAAAAGCUGCCGUAUCAGCAGACUGCUAAAUCGGGAUGCCGCGCGAGAGUCUGGGCUCGCAGAUGAGACUAUCCAGCAAUCACGGCGUGGCGAGGAGAGCAUUCAAGACCGCCGCGCUGGUGCACGGAACGCGAGGAGACGCCGGGAAGCUGGGACAGAGGGAGGGGUGGAGGUGGCGGAGGUGCCCUUAGCAGGAAGAGUUUGCUGGUGGUGGUGGUGGUGGUGGCGAAGAAGAGGGCAUUGGAUGAACGGGACGGGUGUGGGCAGGGAUGGGAGGUGGUGCAUGAUGGCCGUGAAUCGUCUCUCUAAUUAGAGGGCUUCGGUGGUGCGGAGGCGUGGGGUUGCCCCUUUCUUUCGGAGAGGCAUUUUUUGUAAGUGUCGCAGCACAGCACAAAGCAGCGACAGCGCUUACCAGCGCCGCCGGCACGGAGCGUCUCGCUCGCCGACGGCGGCGCGGGCGGAUUUGUAAAAUAAAAAAGUGGGGGAGGUGGGGGGGGGGGGGGCUGUGUGGGGGAUGAAAUGAGAUUUCCAAAGGAGAUUUUGGAAAAGCGAAAUAAAUAAAGGAGUGAUGAAAUAACAGCAACCACAACGACAUCAUAAAAAUUAAGGAAUCGCACGAAAGCAUCGCUUUGGUUAAUCCACGCGCGCGCUCGUGUGUGUGUGUGUGUUUGUGUGCGCGAUGGAUACAAACGCAGCACCGGCAAAUGUCGAAACGGAAUCAAGAGGCUGCUCUUAAAUGUUUGCAUUGCCUUCUCUUAUAUCUCUUGUUCUCCCCCCCCCCCUACUCUCUCUUUCUCUCGUUUUGCUCAUUGUGUUGAUGUCAAGUCGUUCCAUUUAUCAGCCUAACAUUGGGGGGGGGGGGAGGGGAUCAAUUGUUGUGGUUCCCUGAAAUUAAGAAGGGGGCAGUGCAGGAGAGGGGGGGGGGGGGUUAAAAAAAUAAUUAAAAAUAAGAAAAAAUGCAUAACAUCUGCCCUAUCUGUGAAUGUUGCAACAAAGUCCAGUCUGGUGUGUUCUAAUGGGCUAAAUGACUCGGUAUAUCUCUCGUGUUCUGUAACUUGGAGAAUGAAUUUCGGAAAAGAUAUACUAGAAGGACGCAUGCAAUUUUUUUUUUUAUACAGACAUAAAGUUUAUUUCUAAUAAAAUGGAGUUUUAUCAAAAUCUGCAAAUAAAAAAAAUGGUUUGGAUUGUGCUUGUGGGGAAAUGUCUGUGGAAUGCGACCCUAAAUUUCACCAAUUGUAAUCUUAAUGCACUGUGAUCUCGGGCGAAUUGAAAGGAAAGGGGCUUUUUUUUGUCCUCCAGCUUUUAGGUCCACAAUGCAUCACGAGAAGCGAUCGCGUCAUUACUGAUUUCCGCCACAAUGGCAGCGACCCGUCACUUCACAAUAAGUGUAGUUUAAAGGAAGCCCGUAACAGAACGCAAGGUAUUUCAUUUGCACAAUAACCCUAAUAGCAAAUCAUACAAAAAAAACAGGUCAAUGACAGAGCUAUAACCUAGCAGCGUUUCAAUGUGUACAGCUAAUGCACGAUUCCUGCGCCCGCAUGUCCAUUUUCAAUGCCUGAAGAGUGGAACAAAAUAAACCCGGAGGGCCUCAGAGAUUGCAUCUUCCACCUCGUUUUACCCCGCCUGACACUGUGUGCACAACCAGGCAGCUGUGGACUGUAAAGUUUUUUUUUAAUAAAUACAAAGGAGAUCGACA